GCAGCUCAACCCAGUGUGGGGCCAGGCUGCUGCUCUCUGGGGGGUCAGUCCCUGAGGCAGUGGGGCUGAGAACCUCUUGCAUUUGCGUUAGGAAGGUGUUUCCAGGCCCAGCAGGCCCAGCUCGACCCCGACUGGUCAUGCACUGCACAAAAGGCUGCUGGGUCCCUGCACAGGAGCUUCAUGAGUCAGAAAACAUCAGCAUCAAGGUGGGAUGGGGAACCUCCUCCCCAAGGGCUCAGGCCUUGCCCCCUACCCCCUGCAGCAGAGCAAGCUGCUGGGAUAGUCCUGAGCCCUGCAGGCCCAAUUAAGACAAGCCGGGGCCGGAUCCGGACUGCAGGCUGUGCCUGGCACGGGUGGAAACCGCUCUACGGGCUAUAGAGAAAUGCUCUCCCAUGGCUGGUGGGGGAUAGUGUCUGCAGAGGGCACUUCCCUGAAGCCUGUAGAGCCAUCCCCCUGCUUCGGGAACCGUGCCAGGUGGGCACAAAUCUCACAGACCUUUCAAUCCAGAAGAAGAUCACGAUUCGGGAGCUGGGAGGCUGCAUGGGCCCGAUCUGGUCCAGUUUCUAUGGAGACUGCAGCUCGGUCCUGUUCAUGAUCGAUGCUGCCAACCCCACCCAGAUCGCCGCCUCCUGCGUCCAGCUCCUGUCAGUCCUCUCUGCAGAGCAGCUCGCCUCGGCCGCCGUCCUCAUCCUGUUCAAUAAGAUCGACCUGCCCUGCUACAUGUCCCUGGUGGAGAUGAAGUCGCUGUUCCGGAUUCCAGAGAUCAUUUCCUGUGCUAAACAGCCCAUCACUGUGGUGGAGACCAGUGCCCGGGAGGGCACGGGGCUGCCCGACGUGCUCCGGUGGCUUCGCUCCACCCUCCAGGAUCCCAGCUGACGUGGCUGCGUGUCCAGCUUGGGGUGUCCUGCCAGGAGACGGGGGCCGACUGACUCCAGGAGGCUCCCCCUCCAGCAGGGGCGAGGGUCCAGGAGCAGGAGAGCGCUGAGCAAUCUGCCCAACAUCUGGCAACGACAGGACCCGUUCCAAACCCCUCAGCAUUUUAGUUGCCCUUCUCUGAACCUUCUGCAUGGGAAGUUACUGCCAGGCCCUGCCAGUUCGGUCCCGUGUCUUCCUAAGGCCAGCCACCGCUACGUCUUAAGGACAGUGCAUAGGAGAGCCCAGCACUGAGGUGUCCCAGCCUGGGAACCGCCCUUGAUGGCCUUCGCCUGCACGUUGAACCCAUCCGGCAUCCCUGCUCCAUCGGUGCGACUGUACCCACAAGCAUGGCGCAGGCCGACAGAAGGGAGACACCCUGCGGAUACAAUGUUAUGAUUGACA